AUGACAAGUGUGUUUAUCACCCCGAGUCUUGGAAUUUUGACAUUUUGAUGGAUCCGUGAACGCAACGAGUCCCUUCCAACAUGGCGGCACAUCGUAGGAAUUUGAUGCAGAGCCAUCAGAGCUGGACAGAUGACCUGCCACUGUGUCAGAUGUGUGGUGUUGGCACAGCACCCAACUGUGUUUAUGGCCCUGAUGGGAAAGGAACUCAGAGCCACCCCUAUGAGGAUGGACACCUCAGGUUCAGAGACGAGAAUGGCUGUUUCCUGUACGGAGUUUUUAACGGUUAUGAUGGCAGCAGAGUGGCCAAUUUUGUCUCCCAGUGUCUGACAGCUGAACUGCUACUAGGACAGCUCAACUCCAUCCACACAGAGAGUGACGUCCGCAAGAUCCUCACACAGGCUUUUGAUGUGGUGGAGAAGAGCUACUUUGAAACUAUAGAUGAUGCUCUGGCUGAGAAGGCUCAUCUGUCCAACUACCUCCUACCACACAAUGAGAAUGUGUCAUUCCACCAGCUUUCUCCUCAGAGUCAGAAGAUGCAGGAGCGUCUGAAGGAGUUGGAGCAGGAGGUGUCAGGAGGAGCUACAGCUGUAGUGGCACUGAUCCUCAACAACAAGCUCUACAUCGCCAAUGUUGGUACCAACAGGGCACUGUUGUGCAAGUCGAGCAGCGAUGGCCAGAACCAGGUUCUCCAGAUCAGCCGACCUCACGGCAUCGACAAUGAGGAUGAGCUGCAGAGACUGGCUGCGCUUGGUGUGGACUCUGCUCGUGUAAAACAGGCAGGGCAGAUAGCGGGACAGAGUAGCACAAGGAGGUUCGGGGACUACAGGGUCAAAUUCAACUACAACGAAAUCGACCUGCUCAGUGCGGCCAAGUCCAGGCCAGUCAUCGCUGAGCCAGAGAUUUGUGGCAGCCAGUGUUUGGACGACGUCUCGGGCUUCCUGUUGCUGAUGUCAGAAGGUCUAGUCAAUGCACUCGAAUCCGCACACGGCCCAGAGCAAGUCAACCAGGAAAUCGUUGCCAUGGUAGCAGCAGAGCUGGCCCAACAGACCAACCUGGAGGCAGUGGCACAGUCGGUGGUGGAGCGCAUUAGACGACUGCAUCAUGACGUCUACGUGUCUGGCCGUCAGAGGGCAUCCUUGUGUUCUCGGCACGAGGACAUGACCAUACUCAUCCGCACGCUCAACUACUCCCUAGCUGAUGCGGCACUCACACCCACACAGGGUGGUCGUAUCUACCCUGUGUCUGUGCCCUACUCUAACAGUCAGAGCACCAGUAAAACCAGUGUCACCCUCUCACUGGUCAUGCCCUCCCAAAGUACCCUCACCAAUGGAACCAACACUGCCUCCACCCUGGAGGAAGGCACCCCCACACCAGGCAAUCAGAGCCCAACAGCCACCCUCCAGUCCACCAACACCCAGACACAGAGCUCCAGCUCCAGCUCGGGAGAUGGAAGCCUAUUCCGCCAGAGAGGCAGUCAGGCAGCACAGCCCGACGAGACGGGCAGGGUUCCCCCCUAUGUGGACUUCAGUCAGUUUUACCGUCUAUGGGGAAGUGACCACGGCGAUGGCCAGAGCACCCAGGGAGGACUGGGACCCCAGUAAGGAGGAUUACAAAGGUGCUGGGUGCCAGCUACUGCACUGGGACUGGAAUUUCUAGCAGCAAGAGGGCACAUGGACUGUGAAGGGACAAAGAUUGUAAGAGGUGGUUGGGCUGAAUGAUAAAAUUCAAUCAUUGUAUCUUAGCUAAAAAUAAGUGACCUAAAGGUGCAUGGGGACACAUGGAAGAAGAACUGGGCUUUUCAAGGACUUGCUCUCAAAGAGCUGUGAAGCCACUGUGAGAAGGGAUGAUGUCUAAAACAGUAAGAAAAUGAUUUUCUGUAAUAGAUGCUGGCUGCGGAGUGAUUGUGAAUAUAUGUAAUCCAGAUUGUAGCCGUUAUUGUCAGAUGUAAAAACACAUACAAACAGGA